AAAAACUUAAAAACCGCAGACUAUUAAAAAAAUUAGUGAAAUAAAAGACAUUUACAACUUAGUAAUUUUUGUCAGAGAAGAGAAUAUUUAAAAAAUUGUGUAUUUUCCUAAAAUUUUCUAUGUAUUUUUUCUUUCCGCUCUAUCUUAACUAAAUCUGUGAUUUCAUUGUUUUAUUCCUGACAAUACAAAAUUCCUGGAGCAGACAGCUUUCAUUUAUAAUCGACAGCCUCUCGACACCUCUAAAUAAAUUUGUUCAAAAUGUUGAAAAAAUUUGUGACGCUACAAUCGGACGUUAGUCCCUCGAAAAAUCCAUACGAAGUUUGCACCUACAUGGGCGAUAGCCCAAAUUCGGUUGACUGGAAGAUUGAAAUGUGUGAAAAAGUACGCAAAUGCGAGCGUCCUGAGAACUCAACCAUCUCAAAAGUUAUGACCAUUGAAGACGAACUACGAAGGCUAAAUCAAAAAGUGAAGGAGUCACGCUUUCAACGUGAAAUCAAAAGGAAAUGUUCAAAAACUGACGAUUUCAUCAUGUGUACACAGCCUUUGCGCACACCGAGCGAACUCAAGGAACAUUCAAUUAUGCGGGAGCGAUUUUUAAGAGUCGCUUACGAUCUGACGCGUCGCGUACAUGAUGGUUCUGAAAUACCCCUGAAGGCGCCAAGUCAUAUCGAGAUUGCAAGUCCGGUGCCAAGUCAAGAUGAAGGCGAAGGAGAGGACUCAAAUGAAGAAGAAGGCGAAGAGGGAAAAAAAUCUGUUAAGCCACAAAUUGCAAGCCCUUCCUGCAGUUUAGACGUUAUUUAUAAACCUUCAGCAAAAUUGCUGGAAUUAAAACGGCCCAAGAGCGGCAUGUUUCAUAAUCAAAGCGAACGACCCCCACCGCCGCUGGAUGAAGAUGAUAUCCCUUACAGCAGUUACAAUCCGCGUAUAUUGCAACAGAAGUUCGACGAUCAAAAUUUGGAUAGAGUGGAUUUGAUACAGGGACGUGAUCCUAAUGAUCUGUGGACAUGGAACAUUGGACUACAGCAGAAUGAAAGUCAGUUGGAUCGUGCCUUCCUCGAUGCCUCUGUGCCGAAAUUCGAUUGCAGACAUCUAGAGCUAACCACAUUUAAAAUACCCAAUGAUUUGGAUAAAACAUUCACCGCUGAAAUUGUAUUUGGCACAGCAGCAAUACAGCCAGAUGAUAAGCCGAAAUCGAAAUUUAAUUAUUUCAAUCGGCCAAAAGAAAUCGCUUGUCUUUACGCCGCUUACGUCGAAAGCUUUCGCUUUAAUCCCGACUUUUGGACCUCAGACACUUUGGAUGGGAUUUUGACAACCGGAGAAAAAGUAUUGAAGAAAAGUGUAAACAUAAAUUACAAAUCCGAAGAGAAUGAAUUCGAUAUUAUACCACAAAUUGUUGAUAAGCAAGCCGAAAUUAGUUUUAAGAUCCACUUUACGGGGCCUCUCGAUUCCGAGCCGAAUAUAUACAAAGUGCUUUCGCUCUAUUUCUUAAAGUACAAUGCCGCUGUACUAGUCGCGAAGGGUAUUUACAUGCUGAUCUGGAAACGUUGUACGAACACAUUCUACAUUUUCGAUCCCUACGGUCGCGACGAACUGUGUCAGCGAGACUUUACGAAUGGUAGUUGCUCCCUAAUGGCCGUCACUUUCGUGGAGCAUUUAGUACAUUUGAUCAUCAGCUUCAGUAAAGCCGAUGUGAAAGGUGAAAUUAGUUUGUAUGAAAUAUCGGUGAAAAACUUCGGUAAAAUAACUAGUCCCAUAACGAGCAAACCGUUCCCGAAGCGCACACAUCGUUUGUGGGCAGUAGUGAAUGGUACUUAUGCCAUCAUACCGGCAGCUAAUAAUGGUAUUCAACAACCGAUAACGGGCAAUGAGCAGAAUGCUUCUAUACUCAUCUCACUGCUGGCGCUUCUGUACUCCAACAUCGAGCGCGCUUCGACUUGGCGCAUGGAAAUCAUUGACGAGUUGAUCAAAUUCGGUCAAGCCUUUUACAAGACUUUCGUGAAACGGUUGAAGCUGAAGAAGAAGCAACACAUGAAUAUUGUGGAUAUACCGGAUGUGAUUAUGCUCGGCGCAUUCCGUGCAACAAUGAAAAAACACCCAUUCCUUUACACCGGUCAUGUGACCAACUGUAAGUCUUAUGUCGAGUCUCAGCUAACGUCAGUUGUGCGUGAUCUCUUCGUGAGCAAUCACGAUGCAGCACUCUUGCAAAUCGAUAACUCGGUGAUCGCAAUUUGGCGCGAUACGGAAUACUAUUAUCUCUUCGAUCCCUUCCGACGUGGCAAAGCCGGUCAAGUGCUGGAUCCAGAAGAUUUUCUAACGAAAGGUGUUGCUUGUCUGCAAAUGCAUUCGAAUUUCGAAUCGUUUUGCCGCAUACUCUACCAGAAAGCGCUUAAAAUGCGCCGUGGCGGUAAGUUCUUCGUACACGGCAUAAGUAUCGGCUGCAUACGUCCGAUGCUGUCGGCGGCGAAUAUGAAGAAUAAAUAUCCUCGUUUACAAAUCGCAUAUCCGAAACUAGCUACCAAGUCGGAUCCUGAAAAACGCCUUUCCAAGAAGGGCAAAAGUAAAAAGAAACUCGGACGCACAUUCAGUAUUGAGACAAUACCGGAUGAGGAUCGUAUACCUGAGUUUGAGGAUGUGGAUGUCGUCAACAGUGUGUUGGAGGAUAUUUUAUGCGAGAUACUUGAAAGCAUGAUCGAGCCUACUCCCAGUCGCUUGCAGUUAUACAAACAAGCCGAUAAAGUUUUGCUGCGAUCUGAUAAGGAAUAUUUGGAGGGCUUGCGUUAUAAAUUAUUACACGGUGAAGAUUAUGACAAUGUCUAUGCGGAGUUUCAGAAGCAGCCGUCGCCACCUCCACGUCCACUCACACUGGAGGAAGAGUUGGAGAUACGCACAAACUUUGAACUGCUACCGGAAGGCUCAUGGGUUGUCAUGGGUCAGUCGUACAUACCACAAGAGGAAGCUGAAGUGAGUAAGUUAAAUGGUCUGCUCUCCACUUUGGUUGCGACUGCCAUGAGCGCUAAAUAUAACAUUUCCACGUGGAACAAAGAGCUGGUCGACUAUACCGUGGAGUCAUCUAAUAGUUUUGGCGAAGAGUUCUCCAACUAUGAGGCAACUUUGAGCGCAUUCCUCUCCAAGAAUAUGCCAAAGAUCAUUAUUGGCAAGAAUAUUUAUUUGCUACAUUUGGAACGCGUGAUACAAAGCUCCAUGACACGCACAUUACGUCAAAUGUUACUCGAGAGUCUUAUAACCUAUAAUCGGUUAAUUGUCAUUUGUCAGAUGUUCUCAUGCCUGAUUGUUAAACGUUAUAACUUUCUUUAUAUGUUCAUUGGUUUUCCAUGCACGCCGGUGGGUUAUCGAAAGUUCGGCUCCGGGCCGGGUUGCCUGCUACGCUUCGUUGAAUUGGAUUCCCUUAUAAGACGCAUAGAAUUCGGUUGUAAUCCACAGGGCUGUGAAAUAACCAACUAUGUCGCGGUAGCCAUAAAAGUAUUGGACGUGACAAAUAUACCACCAGAUCGGUACCAAAACUGGCCACCACAAGUUGAAGAGUCCGUUUAUGCUGCUGAAAGUGAUCGUAAACAAAAGUUAGAUAGAUUGCGCAUGGAUAAGAUUCGUUUCCUCGAUAGGGAGCUGCGUAAAGAGAAUGAACGCAUACAACGCUUUUUGGAUGAAAAAGAAGAGAAGCUAGCGGCUCGUUCUCAAAAAGGUAAAGGAAAAGUUAAAAAGAGGGUUAGUAUGACUCGCUCAGCAGAUCAAACCGACAUGGAGGAGGAAUUCGAUGAGGAUGAAAUGGAAGAGAUGGAAGAGUAUGAAGGAGAAGAGGUUGAAUUGAAACAUAAGCCAGGCAAGCGAUUGCAGCGCGAAAUCGACACCAGUUUCAAGCCGCGUAGAAUUCUCUAUGGCUAUAGAAUGCGCGAAAAGGACUGCAACUUCAAGAUACAGGGUACCACUGCGCUGGAAGGACGCACCGAGGCGUUGGUGGAAAUGAUCAAGCCCUGCUUCUUCGCUAGCACACUGGCAGUGCUUUACACCAUAUUGCGACCACUAAAUCAAUGGUCUGCGCAGCGUGUGGAUCGCGUUAUCGAAAGUGGAAAAACGAUUGCGAGUCGUGUAACGAAUAUGACUUCGGCAUUUGACCGUUUCAUCAAGAAUGUCACUGUAGACGAUUACAAAUUCGAUGUAUGGGUUAAGACACACGAACCGCCGGGUAUGGCGAAUGCUGGUGUGGCACGAAAGAUCGCCAAGUCGAUGCAAAUACGCAAAUAUAUGUUGCUUCAAGUGUCCAAUACGACAUUUGCGAUCUUUCAUGAUGAAUAUUAUCAUCUCUUCGAUCCUUACCCUUCAAUGGAAAAAUCACAGGAAGGCGAAGAGGAGGAGGGUGAAGAUGACGAUGGUGACUAUGGAGGAAAGCAGGGACCGCGUAAAGGUAAAUGUAAAAAGGGUGUUAAGCGCUACGGCGAACGCAACACCGCGUCGUGGGUGCUAUUUGCCGAUAUUGAAUCAUUACUGAAAUAUGUCGAUAAACGUGCCGUUAAUCAAUCUUGGCAAAUGGCUGGCGAAUAUGCGCUGCACGUAAUCGAUGUGAUAUCGUACAGAAAGGCUGGACCGAAGACGCGUAUACUACAAUUGCUCACCGAUCUCUCCGUACCGAUUGAAUGCAAGACUUCGCAGCAUGGCGAGGACGAGGCGGUGAUGUGCGCGCAUCCAGAGACUAUGACUUGGUUGGAUUUGGAAAAUUGCCUGCCUGUGUGGAGCCGCAUGAAUCGACGCAAUACAGCGGGUCGCUAUCGUAAUUUGCCUGUGACAAAAAUGAAGCGCUUUGAUAUUGAGAUCGAGGCUCGUCUAUGGUCGCUGUGGGGCAAUCUACAUCCUGAAGCGCCCGUCUUUGGUGGGACAUCGCGUGGUAAACAGUAUUUGGCAUGCAAUGUGAUGGCUUGUUGUGCCGCAAAGGUGUAUCGCUUGACCGAUUGGAGUCCACACUUACUCGACACCAUUGUGAUUAAUGGUGAUCGUUAUCAUCGCGAGAGCUUAGAAAACAUCAAACUGCAUGAUUAUGAGUUCUCAUUGGAAGAUUUGAAUCUCGAUUGCACACUGGAAAAUAUCAAAUUUGUCGUUCACUUGGAGCAUGCCGCAUACGGCAAACUCUACAAUCCAGGCACUCGCACUACUAUGAAUUUGGCCGACGCGCUCAUGUACUUCUUUACGCACUUCCAGUUUGGCAUAUUACAGUGUUAUAAACAUUCCUUGGCAAUCGGUCGCACAAUGGGCUUUGAUGGUGGUUUCUUUAUGUUCGACUGCCAAAGCAAAGAUCAUCCGUUGUUCCCGAAGGGUCAGGGCGCCUCGUAUCUCCUUCGCACGAAGCAUCUGCAGGUAUUGCUCUACUGCAUCGUUGUGACUCUCAAUGUGCCUUAUUACAAUGUCACUUUCACGAUACACAAAGUUGAUAUGUUGCGUGAAGGCGCCUCUCUGGACGAGGAGGCUGAGGAAGAAGACGCAGACAAUAAUUAAUUUAGUCGAAAGAGCGCGCAUCAAACGUAUAAAUUUAAGUGAAACUUUGUCUAAAUUUU